UCGACGCAAGCGCUAGAGGAUGGCCCUGCGGCGUUGCCAUGGUUACAGGCGCCGCGCUCCGCGCGGGCCGGCCUGAGCUUCUGGGGCGGGCAGCGGGCUCCGGAAGUGUGCAGCUGCCCGGGACCAUGGCGGUGCUUGCUGCUGGGGAUGGCGGCUUGCUCGGCCAGGCGACUAGUUCUGGCCUGGUCAGUAGGCGGCCGACAUCUUGUCUGGGGCGGCGUCUCACAGAUGCCAGGUACCUUCUGUGUGACGUCAACCCUCCAGAGGGAUUCAGCCUCCGUAGGAACGUCUGCAUCCACAUUGCCUUCCUCCUGAAGACCCUGCUGAAGAUGGAGGAGCCGGUACUGGUGCUAUUCCCUUGGGGCCACCUCUACCACUGGCAGAGCCCCGAUCCCUGGUCCGACUCCUUUGACCUCCCAAGUCUCAACAGAAACAUCCCUGACAUUGAGUACGAGCAGUUCAUUGCAGGGUUCAAUUGGUGAUAAUAAUAGUAACCAAAGCAAUAGCAAACCCUUACAGAACUCUGUCCUGCUGUUCCAUGAACGCUGUGUUCAUGACAACCCAAUGAGUUCGCACCACUAUGAGUUCCACUUUAAAGGUAAGGACAUUAAUUAAUCACACGGCUAAUAAAUGGCAGAGCUGGGAAUUGAACCCAAGAUGUCUGGCCCCAGAGCCCCCUCUCAGCCCCUUCACUGCAGCACAUCACUUGGCAUGCCCGACACAGGCCAGCAUUUAAGAGCAGCGUGACCUUGGCCAAGGCUGCUUCACCGCUUGGUCUCGGAUUCCUCAUCUGUAGAAUGGGGGUGUGGGCAGUGAACUCUGUGGGCUCAGUGAUCACUUCCUCUGGCUCUGCUAUUCUACUGCUUUGAGUUAGUUUGGUAAGUAUCCGAGCCCCUACAUGGCCCACACAUGGGCUGGCGCUUUGCUAGGCUCUGGGUUAUGGAGAAAAGUAA